AUGUCUGGUGAAGCAACUGGAGAGAGGAGAGGCUUCCCUCACCGACCUCAAGAAAAACCUCGAGUAUGCGGCGUCUGUGCUGGAAUCUGUUUACAUCGAGGAAACAAGGCGCUUGGUGGACACAGAAGAUGAGCUCAGCGACAUUCAAUCAGAGUCGGUGCCUUCGGAAGUGCGAGACUGGCUGGCCUCAACCUUUACCAGACAGAUGGGCUUGAUGCUGAGACGCAAUGAGGAAAAACCUCGCUUCCGCAGCAUUGUCCAUGCCGUUCAGGCUGGAAUAUUUGUUGAGAGGAUGUACCGGCGUACCUCCAAUAUGGUGGGACUUAGCUACCCUGCUUCUGUCAUAUCUGUACUUAAGAAUGUUGACAAGUGGUCAUUUGAUGUCUUUGCGCUGAAUGAGGCCAGUGGAGACCACGCACUCAAAUUCAUAUUCUAUGAGCUGCUCACAAGAUAUGACCUCAUUAGUCGUUUCAAGAUCCCGAUCUCUGCGGUGGUGUCAUUUGUCGAGGCCCUCGAGGUUGGAUACAGCAAACAUAAAAACCCCUACCACAACCUGAUUCAUGCUGCUGAUGUCACACAGACCGUGCAUUACUUGCUACUCAAGACUGGCAUGGUGCAUUGGUUGACUGAGCUUGAGAUCUUUGCCAUGAUCUUUGCUGCGGCAGUGCAUGACUACGAGCACACGGGGACCACAAACAACUUCCACAUUCAGACAAGGUCAGAUGCAGCUAUCCUGUAUAAUGACCGCUCAGUGUUGGAGAGUCAUCACGUCAGCGCAGCCUAUCGCCUGCUGCAGGACGACGAUGAAAUGAACAUCCUCUACAACCUCUCUAAGGAUGACUGGAGAGAGCUGCGGGCUUUAGUGGUAGAAAUGGUGCUGGCCACAGACAUGUCCUGCCACUUCCAGCAAGUCAAAGCCAUGAAGAACUUCCUACAACAACCAGAGGGCAUCGACAAGCCCAAAGCCCUGUCCCUGCUGCUGCACACAGCAGACAUCAGCCACCCAGCCAAGAGCUGGGACCUCCACCACCGCUGGACCACCUCCCUACUGGAGGAGUUCUUUAGACAGGGAGACAAAGAAGCUGAGCUCGGCCUGCCGUUCUCUCCACUCUGUGACCGAAAGUCCACGAUGGUGGCACAGUCCCAAAUUGGUUUCAUAGACUACAUUGUGGUGCCAACCUUCACUGUGCUCACAGACAUGAUGGAGCGUAUCGUCACGCCACUCAUUGAGGAAGCCUCCCAUUCAGGUUUGGCCGGUUUCAGACGCUCAAGUCUGAACAGUCUUAGUUCAGAUGAAAGCAAAAGGCACAGUGUCAAGAGCAUGGGCUCUGACAGCAGCUCAUCAGGCCCAGGCUCUCUGCUGACGGUGGACAUGAAGAACUUCAAAGCGUUGUGGAAUGAAGAAGUUUAUCAAAAUCGAGAGAGGUGGAAAUCCCAGGCUGCUAAAGAAGCAGAGGAGAGAGCUAAAAAGGAAGCAGAGGAGCGUGCUAAAAAGGAAGCAGAGGAGCGAGCCCAGGAGGAAGAGGCUAUGGAGCCCCAGGAGGUCCAAACAGAAUCUGAGCAGCCUAAACCAAAGGAGGACAAAUUGGAGGAAGGGCCGCCCGAGUCGGCAGAGGUCAUCAGACCACCAGAUGGUAACACAGGGAAGACAGAGCAGGGACCACAGCCCGGGAGUGUCACGCACCAGAGUCCCCCACUGCAGAACGGAGAGUUGUCAGAAGGGGUCGAGUCUCCAGAGGGUGAAGAAAACAAAAACAAAGCAGUCGAUGAUGCGAUGGAAUAAGUAAGCAGAGGAGUAUCAGUGCUGCACUGUUUCCACUGUUGCUGUCAACUUAAACCUGCUUUAAAACCUGUGUGGGAGAACUCAGACUCAUGUUAGAGAUUCAUUAGCCAGACUGUGUCGCCCUCUACAGGACACCAUGGAACAGACACCUUCACUUCCUUUUGUCUUUAUUAAAAUCAACCCUUUCUUCUUUUACUUUUACCACAUUUCUACUCCCAGGCUCUUGUUUGCAGAGCCAUGUGCAUUAUUCUUCCCUUCCUGCUUACUGAUGAAGAAGAUUUAAUGACCUUAAAAUGAGAGCAGUGGAGGUGAAAAGGAGCCUUUGACAGAAUGUGUGCGUGUUUGAUUUCUUUUUCUUUUUUUUAGUAUGCCAUUAUUUUAAUUUUCUCUAAGUAUGUAUGUUUCACUCAGCCACAAACAUGUAGCCAUUGUACAAGUCCCACUUUCCCUCUGCAGCACUCUUUAUUGGAUGUAUUAGUCUGGUGAAUAGAAAAAUUUUUUGUGUUACAGUAAUAUAUUUUGAUCCUUGCAAUUACAACUAAAAAUGCAGAGUUGUGUGAAAUGCAGAGUAAAUGCACACUGGGAGGGGCUCUUACAACUGCUACAUAGCGUGUACAGUAUAUUGACAUGUGUACAGUGCACUAGGUGUACAGCACUACUGUUUUAUUCUUAUAUAAAACACACUUCCCUCCUUUGGGAGCUUGUGUAAUCUUCAUCACCAGUUGUGGCUCAUUUUCCUCUGAACAUGCUUACUUUCUUAGUGCUUUCCUCAGACAUUGUGACGUUUUAACAUGUUUGUGCUAAUUGCAGUCAGGUACAUCCUCUUUACUGUAUAUAGUCUGUAUAUGUAUGAAGAAGGAGUAGAAAUCUAUCUGCAAUCCAUCACAAUUUUGGAUGUAAUGUCAAAUAAUAGUUAAAAAUUUUAGAAUGCAGCUUUUACAUUUGAGACAUAUCACACACGCAAAUCUAUUUCAGUUUUUGUAAGUGCUAAAAAUCUCUUUAUGUACUUUUUGUUCACAAAACAAUUUGCAUUCUUCGUGUCCUACAUGAAUCAUUCCCUAGAUGUGUCUGAUAUCUUCACAAUGUUUGUGUUCUUCUCAAUGCCUUCUUGUGUGUACUUAAGCUGUAGCAAAAAGUCAACAUUGUUGCUGAAAAAUCUUCUAUAUGUAAUUUUUUUUUCUUUCCCAGCGCAGUUAUGUUACAGCAGCUUCCCCUUCUAGGUUGUGGGUGUAGUGUUUAAUGUAGAUGUUUACAGUGUGCUCGUACACCUAUUAGCAGGCUGAAUCCACCAAGCUUCCCUGAUGCAUCUGAGGCUACGAGUCCCCACUGUAUCGCUUCUUGGUUGGUUGCCAAGGUUUUUAAGGCUUGUAAUCUUGUGUACAGAUGAUGCAAAUAUUGCUUACUGUGCAAAUGUAACAUUGAACCACGGCACUGUAGGCUCAGCUUUUACUAUAUAUUUAAUAUGUGUAAAUGGAAGAAAAGAAGCAUUUUGGUAGUAUUUGCAGUAUGAUGGACAUGCUUUCCCUACACUGGUGCACUUUUAUUUUAUUUCCCUUGCAUUCUUUUAGUUUGAAAAUCCCAAAAUUUACAGUGCCAAGGUCAAAUUCUUGGUAUAUUGUUGGCUUAUAAGAUAAGUUGUAAGUAUACUAUACUUCUAUGUAUGGUAUAUAUACUAUAUAGAUUAUCAUGUGUUAAAAAAGGGUAAUUACUUUUUCCCCCCUUUGUUUUAAUACGCAGAUCUCAUUUUUUCACUGUAACAGGAACAUUAGUUCUCUGGUGGGAUAUAUGUAAUCACAUGCUGCUUUUUGCCUAAAAAAAAAAAAAAUUACAGUCAUUGGUUAGCAGACCAGCUGACUGAAUGUGUGCCUCUAUCUGUACUUCCCUUUUCAAACCUUUCAUCUGUAGGAUGUCAUUUCAAUCUGUGCUGAUCCGGUUACAGUCAAACAAACUAGUUAAUAUCUUCCAACACACUCAAGCAGUUAAAAAUACACUGUUGUUUCUGUAAAGUCAGCAGUUUAAUGUUGCGGAAGUAAUGUGUGUAUAAUGGUAUAUUUUUUCUCUUUAUUAUUUAGAGAAGUCUAUUUUCUAGCUGUUUUGUGCCGUACGUCUGUUGUCUCUCUGUUGUUUCAUUGUACUGUUUUGCUCCUUCUUUGUCCUGGAGGAUGGAUUGUCAAAAAGUAUGUCUUUAACAUGUAGGGACAUUUUCUCGUUGUUUCUCCUCCGUGCGUUGAUUUUAUGUUUUCUUGCACCAGCUUUGAAGUCGGAAAAAUUCAAGAGAUUCAUAACUGUAAAUGUCUAACAAUGUCACCAAAUUAGAUUGAAAACAAAACUUAUUGCAUCUUCAAAACAGGCUGUUUGACACUUGGUAAAACAGAUUAUAGUUGCUGUACCAAGGGACCGACAUAUGUACAGUCUUGUAGCUUGCUCUACCUUCCACUUGCUACUGUGAUAGCCUACUGUAUGAAUAUGUAACAGGAAUUUAUACCAACCAUAAUAGGAAACAUAGCUGUAUUUAUGACAUGUAAAGACUUCUAAACAUGGUGUUUUGUAAUGUUUACAAUGAAACUGAUCAUUUGUUGUUUGUUUAAUGCUUUCUCCCCUUGUUUAGUCUGAAUCACUCUAUAAUGACUGAUCUCAAACUGUUGAAGUGACUGAGGUUAAAGUGUGUGUGUGUGUGUGUGUGUGUGUGUGUGUGUGUGUGUGUGUGUGUGUGUGUGUGUGUGUGUGUGUGUGUGUGUGUGUGUGUGUGUGUGUGUGUGUGUGAGAGAGCGAGAGAGAGAGAGAGAGAGAGAGAGAGAAAAACUGCCCCAAAAUACUUAAUGUGCAUUUUCUGAUCUCCUCACUGUGAUCUUCGCUGUCGAUGAGAGUGUGAUAAGUGUCUAUGGUAGAGAAACAAAAAGUGAUGCAGUGGACUGUAUAAACCUAAGUGAAUAAUUAAAUUUUAAUUUGUUAUAAUGUGUUUUAAAUGCCCCACCAGGCCAAUACUUCUGAUAUGUUUGCUUAUAUAAAAAGCAUACAUAUUAUCAAGGUCAAAUUAUGACAAAAAGGAUGAGUGAAACAAAAAAAAUUGCUAAAUUGGGCAAACUAACUUACUAAAAUGCCUUACUUGUCCUCUACCACAUUCCUGUAGACAGAAUAACUGAGUGUGUGUGUGUGUGUGUGUGUGUGUGUGUGUGUGUGUGUGUGUGUGUGUGUGUGUGCGUGUGUGUGUGCGUGUGUGUGUGCGUGUGUGUGUGUGUGUGUGUUUGUGCAUACAUGUGAGUAUGUGUUGCUGUCCCAUGCCGGCCAGGCGGCCGUGUGUGCCACCAUGCUCUGUGACUGCACAGCCGUAUCAAUAAAUCUGGAUUCA